AUGCCACAGACCAACACAGCCUACUGUCUCCAUGCAGACCACGUCACAGACCACCACAGCCCAGCCUACUGUCUCCAUGCAGACCACGUCACAGACCACCACAGCCCAGACUACUGUCUCCAUGCAGACUACGUCACAGACCACCACAGCCCAGACUACUGUCUCCAUGCAGACCACGUCACAGACCACCACAGCCCAGCCUACUGUCUCCAUGCAGACCACGUCACAGACCACCACAGCCCAGACUACUGUCUCCAUGCAGACCACGUCACAGACCACCACAGCCCAGACUACUGUCUCCAAGCAGACCACGUCACAGACCACCACAGCCCAGACUACUUUUUCCAUGCAGACCACGUCACAGACCACCACAGCCCAGACUACUUUUUCCAUGCAGACCACGUCACAGACCACCACAGCCCAGACUACUUUUUCCAUGCAGACCACGUUACAGACCACCACAGCCCAGACUACUUUUUCCAAGCGGACCACGUCACAGACCACCACAGCCCAGACUACUGUCUCCAUGCAGACCACGUCACAGACCACCACAGCCCAGACUACUGUCUCCAAGCAGGCCACGUCACAGACCACCACAGCCCAGACUACUGUCUCCAUGCAGACCACGUCACAGACCACCACAGCCCAGACUACUGUCUCCAUGCAGACCACGUCACAGACCACCACAGCCCAGACUACUGUCUCCAAGCAGGCCACGUCACAGACCACCACAGCCCAGACUACUGUCUCCAAGCAGGCCACGUCAAAAUAUCUUCUGCAUUAAAGUAA